AUGCUCAUGAGUGGUGAGGGAAGUGACCUUAGAGGGCGCCACCUCACCCCAGAUGCGAGAGCCGUCAUCGCCAACGUAAAGCAGUUCUUCGCUCAGCUGAAGGAACAUCUUGGGGCCACAGCACGUGGAACCAUUUUGGAUUCAGUAACAGCGAUAACUGCCACGGCAUGCGAAGUUGUCGAACGGGUUAGUAACACACCGGUCGGCCGUGUGAUCCGUCGAUCGGCUUCGAAAAGUCGUUCCAGGAAAGCAACGGUCAUGGCCGCCAUAAAUAACCACGGUACGCUAUGGGGUGAGCGAAUAAAGCGUCUGGUUCACGAACUGCUGAAGGAAGAGAAGGAUGUAACACUCGCGGAACUGCACCAGCAAAUGACUGCAGCCUAUCCGAAUUUCGCGCUGUCACAGAUGACUCUGUGGAGGCUGAUGAAGGGCCUCGGGUUCUCGUAUAAGCUUCUCAAGGGACAACGAUACAUCUUCGAGCGCGCGGAUCUUGCCCGCAAGCGAUCCGUAUACUUGAGAAAGGUAGAAGAGGCCCGAGGCAGAGGGGACUGCGUUGUCUACAUGGACAAAACAUGGGUCUUCGAAGGGAUGGAAAAUGUUGUAUCGCGACCAGCCGCUGAAGAGCGCCCUCAAGGUGAAAACUGCCUAUGCAAGGCAUUACAGGGCCUCUCGUACGCCAUGCUCAUGAGUGGUGAGGGAAGUGACCUUAGAGGGCGCCACCUCACCCCAGAUGCGAGAGCCGUCAUCGCCAACGUGAAGCAGUUCUUCGCUUUACUGAAGGAACAUCUCGGGGCCACAGCACGUGGAACCAUUUUGGAUUCAGUAACAGCGAUAACUGCCACGGCAUGCGGUGUGUCCGACAGAGUUGUCGAACGGGUUAGUAACACACCGGUCGGCCGUGUGAUCCGUCGAUCGGCUUCGAGAAGUCGUUCCAGGAAAGCAACGGUCAUGGUCGCCAUAAAUAACCACGGUACGCUAUGGGCGGAUCCGAAUAAAAGACGUCUGGUUCACAACUGCUGA